AUGGGCUGGCUGCUCAGUUGUCGUCAAGCUUACGCCGAGGGCCUGGAUGUGCUGUUUGGAACCAACACGUUCCGCAUCCAAGACAUGGUGAUCCUCCGCCAUGCACAGCAGCUCUUCCUACCGCACCGUUGGGCCGCCAUUCCGCGGUUUGAAAUACAGUGUUUCUUCUCCCCUUACGGUUGGAUGUUGCCUGCCGACAACACGCCCUCUGUUAAUCCAUUGCCUCUCUACUGCCAGAAGGAGCCCUUCUACGACCUGAUGGGCCACCUGCCAGACGCAUUCCGUAACCUGCAGACCCUCCACCUUUCCUUGACAAGCACGACGGCGAGGGCGUUUUCUCCUUGGAAAAUCGCCCAUACUCAUUUGGAAGAGCUCAUGAAGCCUGUCAAAAGUAUGCUGCGGCAACUGCCUCCGACAGUUCGUGAGUGCACCGUCGCCGUCCCUAGCUCCCUUUUUUGGCAGAGCCGCGACAAGGCGAAAGAGGAUGGCCGUACGGUCGAGCACUUCUACAAGAAGCAAAAAGAGCGGCAUUGGUGUGAGUUAUCUGGUCCAAACAAAGGGAUAAACGGAUACUGGCUCCAGCUUGGAAAGACGGACUUGUCGGCCGAAACCAUCCUACCUAAUUACUGCUUUGGAAGUGGCGCAGGUCGAAAUUGGAGAGACGACAUGAACGUUAAGGACGAAGAUCUCAUUAUCUACGGGCUACACUGGCUAUAA